GAAAAUUCAUAUAUAUUUUUUUGGAAGAAUAGAAAAUUCAGAUAUAGAAGGAUAUAUUUGAUCGUUUGAUAUAUAUUCCAUAAUAAUAAUAAAUUAAUAAUCAUGGGGUUUAUUGAUAAACUGUGGGAUGAGACGGUGGCCGGACCGACACCGGAGUGCGGCGGGUUAGGUAAACUUCGAAAGCAAAUCUCCCUCUCCCACCACCACCAUUGCAUCGGCAUCAAACCACUGUCGUCAUCUCCGCCGAUUAUAGCGGCGGCUUCUCCCGCCAUGGAUGAUCAGGCCCCACGGAUUUCUCGGAGCAUUUCUAUUCUCCGUCGAAGCAACUCCGCUUCUCCUAAUUGGCUAGUCUGUUCUUCUCCGGACUCUACGGGCUCCUCACCACCUUCCCCGGCCACCCCCACCUCUCCGUUUUCACCUACUACGCCUCGUGGGAAUCACAAGUUGGCGAGGAGGAAAUCGACUCCAAGUGGCUACGACUGGAUUGUGUUAAGUGCUUUGGAUAGGUGAAUCAGGAUUCAGGAAAGUCAACUUUGGUCGCACCAAGAAAAGAUGGAGAGAAAAC